GGCGCGGGCUGUCAGUCGGCGAGGCGGCGGGCCGCACUUCCGCCUUGGUGUCAGUGGGUCGCGGGCCUGCGGGGCGGGGGCGGGGCGGCAACGAGCUCGGCCGGCAACCGAGGGACCCGCGUCCAGAUCUUCAGUGUCUGUUGGAUUUUUCCAAGAGAAAGUUCGUGGAAUUCCUUACACUGUAGAUGUGGAUCAGAUAUGAUGAUUCAGUAGAAGAGCACAUGUCAGGGGCAGUGGAGGCUGGCUGCUGAAGGAUGAACGGAGAGGAAGAAUUCUUUGAUGCCGUCACAGGCUUUGAUUCUGAUAACUCUUCUGGGGAAUUUUCAGAGGCACAUCAGAAAGUCACGGGAAUGAUUGACUUGGACACCGGCAAAAAUAAUAGGAUUGGGAAAAUUGGGGAGAGGCCCUCUCAAGAGAAUGGAAUUCAGAAACACAGGACGUCGCUGCCGGCUCCCAUGUUCAGCAGAAGCGACUUCAGUGUGUGGACCAUUCUAAAGAAGUGUGUCGGCCUGGAGCUGUCCAAGAUCACGAUGCCAAUCGCCUUCAACGAGCCUCUGAGCUUCCUGCAGCGGAUCACAGAGUACAUGGAGCAUGUGUACCUCAUCCACAGGGCCUCCUGCCAGCCCCAGCCCCUGGAGAGGAUGCAGUCUGUGGCUGCUUUUGCUGUUUCGGCCGUGGCUUCCCAGUGGGAGAGGACCGGCAAACCAUUUAAUCCACUCUUGGGAGAAACGUAUGAAUUAAUCAGGGAAGAUUUAGGAUUCCGAUUUAUAUCGGAACAGGUCAGUCACCAUCCCCCCAUCAGUGCGUUCCAUUCGGAAGGCCUCAACCAUGACUUCCUGUUCCACGGCUCCAUCUACCCCAAGCUCAAGUUCUGGGGCAAAAGCGUGGAGGCAGAGCCCCGAGGCACCAUCACACUGGAGCUGCUCAAACAUAACGAAGCCUACACCUGGACCAACCCCACCUGCUGUGUCCACAACGUCAUCAUCGGGAAGCUGUGGAUAGAGCAGUAUGGGACAGUGGAGAUUUUAAACCACAGAACUGGACAUAAGUGUGUGCUUCACUUUAAACCGUGUGGAUUAUUCGGAAAAGAACUUCACAAGGUGGAAGGACACAUUCAAGACAAAAACAAAAAGAAGCUCUUUGUGAUCUAUGGCAAAUGGACGGAAUGUUUGUGGGGCAUAGAUCCUGUUUCGUAUGAAUCCUUCAAGAAGCAGGAGAGGAGAGGCGACCACCUGAGAAAGGCCAAGCUGGAUGACAGCUCCGGGAAGGCUGACAGCGACGUGGCUGACGACGUGCCUGGGACCCAGGAGACCGUGCAGGUCAUUCCCGGCAGCAAGCUGCUCUGGAGGAUCAACACCCGACCCCCCAACUCUGCCCAGAUGUAUAAUUUCACCAGUUUCACUGUGAGCCUCAACGAGCUGGAGACAGGCAUGGAGAAGACCCUGCCGCCCACGGACUGCCGCCUGCGCCCCGACAUCCGCGGCAUGGAGAAUGGCAACAUGGGUUCAAGAGAUUCUCCUGCCUCAGCCUCCCGAGUAGCUGGGUUUACAGAUCUGGCCAGCCAGGAGAAGGAGCGGCUGGAGGAGAAACAGAGAGAAGCGCGGAGGGAGCGGGCCAGGGAGGAGGCAGAGUGGCAGACGAGGUGGUUCUACCCAGGCAGUAACCCCUACACGGGGACCCCCGACUGGUUGUAUGCAGGGGAUUACUUUGAGCGGAAUUUCUCCGACUGCCCAGAUAUCUACUGAGGGCCUGGAGGGGCCUGGGGCCCGGGACUGGAGGCUGACGAGGCUGGACUUCCUCGAGUGGCCACUCUGAGCCUUGUCACAGCAGAAACCAACUUUUCUAACGACUGUGUUCUCAGCGACAGCACCGUCCCUGAUCAAGGAUGUAAUUCUAAUUAACUGUUGAUUGCCAAACAUUUCACUCUGCUGUGCCGUCUCUUCAUAAAGCUUCACUUGGGAUCAUCGUCUUCAUUAAGGUUUCACCAGGGAAAUUCUUCACAGCGCCCUUUUAUGUGGCAGAAAUCAGCUGGGGCUUGUUUAGCUUCCAGCACACUCUCAGUCAUAGAAUGUGUAGCUAAAGGAAGUAAUGGGAAGGGGUUCAUGUUCUCCUUAUCAUGUAGUGGCAAAAGGUUCUGAAAGUCUUUUAAACUCGAACCAGUGGGGGAAAGAUGGAUCUUGAAAAUAAUCCUGCAGAGAGCUUGAUAAAGGCCAGGGAUUGCCUUCUAAAUUAUGGUAAUACAGAAGUGAAGAGUUUCAGAGCAUCAGAUUGAGUGAACAGUUGUCAGAUUCUGUAUUUUUUAACAAUCUUCAAUAAUGUAAAGAUUACUUUUAAAAUAUUUAAGUUAAAACUACUUGAAUAGUAUUUUGCUAAAGAGCGAGAUAUGCAUUAAUCACCGGUUUUAUACUGUCCAAAAUGAAGCAUCACCGUCCAACCCAGAGUGGGCAGAAGCGUCGAGAGCAUGACAAGAAAUCCCAAGACUGCUCCCGCCUCAGAGGCGUCCCGGCUCCGACUUGCGUGCCCUGUCGUCAGUGAGGCCUGGCUGUCACCGCACACCAUGUCCAUGUCUUCAAGGGGUUCAUUUCUUCUUACAUGUCGCGUGUACCCAUAGCACUCGUGUUUUUGUUUUUCCCAGUAUGCAUGUUUAAAAUAGAAGUGACAAGAAUCACAUCCGGUUGUGUGCUGUGGGAGGGUCAGAGGCAGAAUCUACUUACAGUGGUGUAAUUAAAGUUAUUUAACCAAAAAUACAUAUGUGUCCAUCUCAGCAUUCAAUUCACCUUUAUCAAGUGACCGAUUUUCUUUCUUUUCUUUCUUGCUUUUUUUUUUUUUUUUUUUUUUUUGAGACGGAGUUUCACUCUUGUUGCCCAGGCUGGAGUGCAAUGGCACGAUCUCAGCUCACCGCAACCUCCACCUCCCGGGUUCAAGCAAUUCUCCUGCCUCAGCCUCCCGAGUAGCUGGGAUUACCGGCAUGCGCCACCACACGUGGCUAAUUUUGUAUUUUUAGUAGCCAUGGGGUUUCACCAUGUUAGUCAGGCUGGUCUCAAACUCCCGACCUCGAGUAAUCUGCCUGCCUCAACCUCCCGAAGUGCUAGGAUUACAGGCGUGAGCCACUGCACCUGGCCAUGACUGAUUUUCUUUAUGUAGAAUUGUCAACACGAGAGAUCACAGUGGAGCACUUUGAAUGAAAGACUGUCGGUUGUGUGCAUGCACACACACACACUCAACGCACAGCUUCAUGGAGUCCAGGUUACUAAGGCCGGCACUUCUGAAUGACAGGUGCCACCUGCGUGUCUUGGUUUCCACACCACACCUGUGAUGGAAGCACUUCUAGAAGUGAACAUGCAUUUUGAAAGCUUGAUUUUGUAGCUUCGGAAGCUGGAAGCGAUGGUGUUCGGUGCCGAGUCCUGUGUCAGCCUUGGGACCUGCGAGCUCUGUACCAGCCACUCAGAAGUGUCUGAACAGAACCACUUGGUGACUUGUAGCUGGGUCUGAGGAUUUAGGACUGUGGCAUUUUUCAAAGAGGAGACUUGGAAAUCCCCAAUGGCUGGAAGGUGAAGCCCAUGUGCCUCUGGUGGAGGGUUACCUGCUUUUCCACACUGCGGCUGUGAACCAGCUCAUUCUCCAAGAAAGAUUAAAAGCUGAGAACAUCCAAAGGUGAGACUCAGACACAUUGAAAGUGACUGCAUUUAGGGAAGUUCAACGACUUCUUACUGAUCGUUCCAGUUCUUACUGGUUAAGAUGAUUUGCCAACAGGUUUGUUUCCAAGUCCUCUCCCAGGACCAGGCUCCUGGUAUUUCAGGGGCUCGUUGGCUGCAUAGACAGCCCCUCUUCUGCUGUCCCUGAGCACAGACACCAAACCAGAGGUGGAGGAAGAACGGUAGGAAGGCUGAUUGCAAAGGCAGCUGUGUAUCAAAGGUUAUUUUAACUUUUUAUUGUUUGUUGUUAUUGUUUCUGCAAAUGCUAACACGUAAACUGUGACCUAACUUUUGUCACCUUUGAUAUCUAUUGAAUGUUAAACAUCUCUAUUUAAUAAAGAUGGCCAGCACUUAAUGUGUGGAAAGUGAUGGCCUUCUCGUGG